CAUAGUGUAUGUGUGUGUGUGUGUGGUUCUAACCUUUAAAAUAAUUUAAUAAACUGUGUCCUUUAUAUGAUUAAAUAUUCUUACGGAAGGUUGACGGCAUGAUGGCAAAAGUCAUCAAACUACAAAAAAUUUAGCCUUUACUAUCAUACAAAAAAUUAACGUUCAAGUAAUUCUUUGAAAAUGUUUGUAAAAUUAAAAUUAUUGUGAGGAAGGAGAAAACGUGAUAAUAUAUAUUGUAAAAGCAUUUUUUUAAUCAAAACUGCUCUUUGUAAUAUCAAGAUGCUAAACGUUACAUUUCAAAGUUAUAAAUAUUGUAUAAAAUAUUUGACAAAAUCAUGUCGACUAUGUAGUACGAAAACUACAUUCAAAAGCAAUCUACUACUUCAUGAUAUGAUCGGUCCUCCUGAUCCAGUUUCAAAUUUAAGACCUAUAGUAUUUGUACAUCCAGCAAAUGAAACUUACUUAGAAAAGAAAUAUAGAGAACUUAAAGAAGAUACUCAACAAUGGAACCAAGAAUUCUGGUUCAAACAUAAUACUAAUUUCAUUCAGGAACGGAAACAAUUUCAAAACUUACUGAAGGCGCAAGGAAAGAUGGAGAUAACUGCAGAUGAAAUGUCAGUCUUUUACAAAAAAUUUUUAGAUAAGAACUGGCAAUUGCACUUUAAUUAUAACAUAGCAUGGCACAAAAAAAAUAUAAAAAUUCUCUUUCUUGAAAUAGUAGUAGGGUUAUCUAAAUUCAAGUUUAAAUAAAUUUUUAUUAAAGAAU